UCACCAUCGACGGGGCGAGGGUACACGGAACACCAGCCGUCCGAUCCAUAUCGACGGCCAGGUAAAUCGGAGGAAGCCCGGAAGAAGUCUCCUUCCAGCACCACCCUUCUCUCCUCCGCAUCCCCCCGGCCGGUUCCUCCUUGCCGCCGCCGUCGCUGUGCCAAGCCUUGCGAAUAACCGUUGUCCGGUACAUUCUCUUCUCCGAUCUCGCUACCCACCGCUCCUUGCCUAUUUGUGAUCGCCUCCCGUUCAAUUGGGGGCGAGCUUCUCUCCCCUGAGGCCCUGAUCGAAUUCCGCUGGAAUCUAGAGGGUUUCAUCCGAUCGAAUUCCACGCGUGGAGACGGGUGGUUUCGUGGCUGUGGGGGGCAGACAUGGCGCUCCGGAGGCUGCUGCAGGGGAGUGUCCUGCCGCGGGUAACCGGCAGGGUUUCGGCACCGGCCGUGGCGCCGUUUUCAACGGAGUCCGGAGAGACCAUCCGUGCCACGCUCUUUCCGGGCGACGGCAUCGGGCCAGAGAUUGCCGAGUCUGUCAAGCAGGUAUUCAAUGUUGCAGGGGUACCAAUUGAAUGGGAAGAACACUAUGUUGGUACAGAAGUUGAUCCCAGAACAGAGAGUUUUUUGACUUGGGAAAGCCUGGAGUCAGUGCGUAGAAACAAAGUUGGCUUGAAAGGUCCUAUGGCUACACCUAUUGGAAAGGGUCAUCGAUCUUUGAAUCUUACAUUAAGGAAAGAACUUGGGCUCUAUGCCAAUGUCAGGCCUUGCAACAGCCUCCCAGGCUACAAGACCAGAUACGAUGAUGUUAACCUUGUGACAAUUCGUGAAAAUACUGAAGGAGAAUAUAGUGGUCUUGAGCAUCAGGUUGUGAGAGGUGUUGUAGAAAGUUUGAAAAUUAUUACCCGCCAAGCAAGUUUGAGAGUGGCAGAAUAUGCUUUUCAUUAUGCCAAGGCCAAUGGCCGGGAAAGGGUCUCUGCGAUUCACAAGGCCAAUAUUAUGAGGAAGACAGAUGGUCUUUUCCUCAAGUGUUGCCGUGAAGUGGCUGAGACGUACCCUGAAAUUCAAUACGAGGAGGUCAUCAUUGACAAUUGUUGUAUGACGCUUGUGAAGAAUCCUGGUCUUUUUGAUGUAUUAGUGAUGCCAAACCUCUAUGGUGACAUCAUUAGCGAUCUAUGUGCUGGUUUGAUUGGGGGCUUGGGCCUAACACCCAGUUGCAAUAUUGGUGAAGGUGGCAUUUGUCUAGCAGAAGCUGUUCAUGGUUCUGCUCCUGAUAUUGCUGGCAAGAACCUUGCGAACCCGACUGCUCUUAUGCUGAGUGCUGUCAUGAUGUUGCGCCACUUGCAAUUCAACGACAAAGCAGACCGGAUCCACAACGCCAUCCUCCAGACUAUUGCUGGGGGGAAGUACAGGACUGCUGAUCUUGGUGGAAAGGCAUCGACAUCCGAGUUUACAAAUGCAGUCUGUGAUCACAUCUGAGAAUCGGAUGUGGUUCUUUCCUUCUGAUUGUUCUGUCUUCCUAAUAUCUUUUUGUCGCAUAUGGGGAGGAGCUUUAGCUUUAAGAGGUUAACUGGCAGCACCUCGAACUUCUUUGGGUGGUUAACACGGUUUGAGACCGUCAAAUAUUUUUGUCACAUAUCUUGCUGUCCAGAAAUUUUUUCAACUUCAGAAUCGAGUAAAUAAUUCUGUAAUCAACAACAGCACUACAGCAGUAGGUAGGGUUUAUUUCAUUGUCGUUCUUGAAAUAUUGGGCUAACUGGUUAGAAUACCAGUUGGGACAUGUUAAUCCUGGGGUUUUCAUUUAUGCAUACAAAGAAUCAAAAUCUUGUGUCAAUGGAAAUUUGCAGCUUUAUUAA